CCGGAAGUCCCUUUUUACAGCUGCAGGAAUAAAGCAGAAUGCUUCUAAGUCCCCUGAGGUGGCUCCUUAUGUACACUGAUCUCUGGGAGUAAGUUUCUUGGGAUACAACAAAUCUUAGUUUAAAACAGGAUCAAAUAAAUAUCCAACAUGUCUCAUCAGACAAUUCAUCUUUUUCGGAAGGGUCUCCGGCUACAUGACAAUCCCACUCUUCUAGCUGCAUUGAAAUCUUCUGAAACUGUAUAUCCAGUCUACAUACUGGACAGAAAAUUUUUGACACGUGCAAUGAAAAUUGGAACUAUGCGUUGGCAUUUUCUUCUUCAAUCUCUGGAAGAUCUCCAGGGAAACUUAAAGAAAUUGAACUCUUGUUUAUGGAUUAUUCAAGGAGAGUAUGAGGUUGUAUUGCGGGAGCAUGUUCAGAAGUGGAAUAUUACCCAAGUGACUUUGGAUGAUGAAACUGAACCUUUUUACAAGGAAAUGGAGAGGACUAUCCGAGCUGUGGGAAAAGAAAUGGGAUUUGAAGUAUUCUCCUUGGUGGGGCACACUUUGUAUGAUGUUCGACGAAUUGUGGAACUAAACAGAGGAACACCUCCUUUGACAUACAAGAGGUUUCUUCAUAUACUAACAGCACUUGGAGAUCCUGAGAUGCCUGUGCCAGACAUCACCAUAGAGAAUUCACAAAAAUUCAGCCCUCUCCCUGAAGCUGGCCUAGACGAAUUCUAUAAGGUGCCUCUCCCUGAGGACUUGGGACUUCCCAAAGAGUACCAGUCACCCUGGAGAGGUGGGGAAACAGUUGGGUUGCAGCGACUCGAAGAUCACCUGAAGAACCAGGGCUGGAUAGCAAAGUUUGCUAAGCCAAGAACUAUCCCAAAUUCUCUGCUUCCAAGUACUACAGGCCUGAGUCCCUAUUUCAGCUUGGGUUGUUUAUCAGCCCGGACUUUUUUUCAUAGACUGUCAAAAAUUUAUGCUCAGUCAAAGAACCAUUCGCUGCCACCAGUAUCUCUUCAAGGACAGCUGCUUUGGAGAGAAUUCUUUUAUACAGUAGCAUCAGCAACACCCAACUUUACAAAAAUGGUUGGAAAUCCCAUCUGCCUUCAGAUAGAAUGGUACAAGGAUACAGAGAAACUCCACAGGUGGAAAAUGGGACAAACUGGAUUUCCCUGGAUUGAUGCUAUUAUGACUCAGCUACGUCAGGAAGGUUGGAUUCACCAUCUUGCUCGUCAUGCAGUGGCCUGCUUCUUGACCCGUGGAGACCUCUGGAUCAGUUGGGAAGAGGGCAUGCAGGUGUUUGAAGAGCUGCUUCUGGAUGCAGAUUAUAGCAUUAAUGCAGGGAACUGGAUGUGGCUAUCUGCCAGUGCUUUCUUCCACCAGUACUCACGCAUUUUCUGUCCUGUUCGUUUUGGCAAGCGCACAGAUCCAGAAGGCCAAUAUAUCCGAAAAUACCUCCCAGUGCUGAAGAAUUUUCCUUCCAAAUACAUUUAUGAACCUUGGACAGCGCCAGAGGCAGCACAGAUUGAGGCAGGCUGCAUUAUAGGUAAAGAUUAUCCCCUUCCUAUGGUAAACCAUAAAGAAGUCAGCGACCAUAAUCUACAGAAGAUGAAACGAGUCAGAGAAGAACAGUAUAAAACAGCUCAGCUCACAAGAGAUGAUGUGGAUGAUCCAAUGGAAAUGACCCUGAAGCGUGAACAUUCUGAAGAGCAUCCACGAAAAGAAAAACUUGCCAGAAACAGUGAACAAGUAAAAACUGAAUGAUAGCCCAAUUCUAUUUAUAUUUACUUGGUAGUAAGUCCCACUUUAUCCAGUGGACACCGCACUCAGCACCUGUGUCAAGAAUCUCAGCCUGAUUCAUCCAGGGAGAACCAAUUUUUGUUAAACAGACAAUAGAAACUCCUGUCAAAGUCAAAAGUGGUGAUGGACUGAAUUGGGAAAUUAGUUUGCAAGGAAUUAUGCAAGGAAUUUUUAUUCUUGAACUUCUUCUGUAAACCAUGCUUUUUCUAAAGACCUACUUUUGACAUCAUUCAUAGAGUAACUUACUAUGCAGAUGAUUCAUGGAAUUUAUAGUAAAUAUUUAAUGUUUAGGUUUUUGUUCUUUUACAUGGAUGUACUGUAAAGGGAUGCAGGUGGCACAGUGGUUUAAAACCGCUGUGCUGCUGGGCUGGUUGCUUGAAAGGUCA